AUGUCUACUACUACUACUCUUCCUCAAUCAUUAAAGGAGUCACUAGACAACACCAAAGUCGAAUACCGUCGACUCGGCAAUAGUGGUCUAAAGAUCUCGGUACCCGUAUUCGGGUGCAUGAGUUUCGGUGAUGCCAAAGCGCAAACGUGGGCCAUUGAGGAAGCAGAAGCCCUGCCUCUACUCAAGGCCGCUUACGAUCGGGGUUUGAAUACGUGGGAUACGGCAAACGUCUAUUCUCAAGGCGUCAGUGAAAUUAUCGUCGGGAAAGCCAUUAAGAAAUACAAUAUUCCGCGAGAGAAGCUCAUCAUCGCGACCAAGUGCUUCUGGGCUGUUGGCGAGACCCCCGACGUGCGUCACUUCGUCCACGGGAAAGCCGUCAACAAUGCCAAGGACUACGUGAACCAGUGCGGGCUGUCGCGGGCGGCCAUCUUCAACGCGGUGAACGCGUCACUGAAGCGGCUGGACACGGAGUACAUCGACCUGCUGCAGAUCCACCGGUUCGACCCGGAGACGCCGAUCGAGGAGACGAUGAAGGCGCUGCACGACCUGGUGCAGUCCGGGAAAGUGCGCUACAUCGGGGCGAGCUCCAUGUGGGCCGUGAACUUCGCGCGGAUGCAGUUCGCGGCCGAGCGCAACGGCUGGACCAAGUUCGUCUCCAUGCAGAACCACUACAACCUGCUGUACCGCGAGGAGGAGCGCGAGAUGAUCCGCUUCUGCAACGACACCGGCGUCGGCCUGAUCCCCUGGGCCCCCCUGUGCCGCGGCCACCUCGCCCGCCCCCCGGCCGACUUCGGCUCUACCGAGCGCAGCAAGAUCGAGAAGGACACGUCCCCCGGCUCCCACGGCACCGUCGAGCCGGACCUGACGAUCAUCAAGCGCGUCCAGGAGACCGCCGACAAGAAGGGGUGGAAGAUGUCCCACGUCGCCCUCGCCUGGAUCAACAAGAGAGUCACCAGCCCCAUCAUCGGCUUCUCGAGCGUGGCUAGGCUCGACGAGGCCCUCGAGGCUAGGGGCAAGGUCCUUACAGAUGAGGAAGAGAAGUACUUGGAGGAGCUGUACCAGCCUAAGCAGAUUUCUGGCCACUCUUAG